UGCAUCUUACCAAAACACAAAUAUGCAUGAAGUUGACAAGUAACAAAUUCUGUGCAAAAUGUAUCUUCUGAUGAACUGUUUGAACUGUCCCUUGCAUGUCAGCUAAGAAGACGCGGUGGUGCACCGUGUCAGAUCCUGAGCAGAGGAAGUGUGCAGAGCUAGGUAAAGCUCUGGUGGCAGUGCUGCCGCCAGAUGCUGUGGCAGCUUUUGCAAGACUCUCGUGCAUACGAGGAUCCAGCACGACUGACUGCAUUGAUAGGAUCAGGGCUAACCGUGCUGAUAUAGUGACGUUAGAUGCAGGGGAAGUUUAUUCUGCUGUUAGGCAGUUUGACCUUGUUGCCAUCGCCAAGGAGAUCUACAGUGAUGGAGGCUGUAUUCUGUCUGUGGCUGUGGUGAGAAACAGCAGUUUGGACAUACGAUCCCUGCAGGGCCACAGGAGCUGUCACAGUGGGGUGCGGUGGACUGCUGGAUGGAGUCUCCCGCUCGGCUUUCUGCUCUCCCGCAACUACCUGAGCUGGUCAAAGGAGCAGCCGCUCAGUCAGGACAUCAGUACCUUUUUCAAUGCCAGCUGUGUCCCCGGAGCUUCCGCCAUGGCACCACCUCUGUGCGCUCUGUGCCAAGGCCAGAAGUCAUUCAUUCGCCAGAAGAAUUACCACUGCGAGACGUCUCACAGUGAGCCCUUUUACAACAGCCAAGGGGCCCUCAGAUGUCUCAGGAGUGGGGCAGGAGAUGUUGCAUUUGUGGACCAUUUAGCUCUUGAAAGUAUUGCAGAUAGUGACAGAGAUGAGUUCAGGUUACUGUGUACAAAUGGCACGCAGGCUCCUCUCAGCCACUACAGAAGCUGUAAUCUGGGUCGUGGUCCAGGAAGCGGCAUGGUCACCAGAGUUAACUUUCGCAAGGUCGCUCGCAAAUUUUUAGUGACAGCGCAGAUGCUGUUUGGUCAACAAGGAAGAGAGGGGCAGCGCUUCCAACUCUUCAACUCAUCUUCUUUUGGAGAAAACGACCUUCUCUUCAAAGAUGCAACGGAUAAGCUAGCUGUUCUGUCAGAUGACAUGGACGUCAGUCGAGUGCUGGGGCUGGACUAUGUGGCGCUCCUCAAAGGCCUUGGACAUGAAGGAAGUUCACUGGAGGACAGUGUCGUGCGAUGGUGCUGUAUCAGCCAUGCAGAGCAGAAGAAAUGCGAGCAGUGGGCUCUCAGUAUAAAGUCAGACCCGCUGGUGUGUGUUAGAGCGGUCUCCAUGCGCGACUGUAUCGAGAAAAUUAAGAGGGACCAGGUGGACGCCGUGUCGCUGGAUGCAACUCACUCUUUCAUCGCAGGAAAAUGUGGUCUCGUUCCUGUAGUCACAGAAUAUUAUGAUCAAACAAGGGAUCGAUUAAUUGCAGCAAAAUCCAAAAUAGGAGGAGAAUGUGUGCUUUCAGAAGGAUCAACCCACUUAGAGACAGACGUGUUGCCCUCAGUGGUGGCCGUGGCAGUGGCAAAGCGCUCCAGCAGAAACCUAUUCAUCGGGAACCUCAGAGGCCGUCGCUCCUGUCAAGGCCACAUGUACGGUCCAGCAGGCUGGCUGCUGCCACACAGAUACACGUUAAGCCUGGAGCAUAACAACAGCUCCCCCUGUGAUCCAGACCAAGCGUACACCAAGGUGUUUUGGAAAGGCUGCCUUCCUGGCUCUCAGGGGGAUCUGUGUAAAGUGUGUAUGGGAGGCACAGGCGAGGCUGCCACCAAACGCUGUGCUGACAACCACAAUGAGCGUUACUAUGGCAACAUGGGGGCCUUAAGGUGUCUGGUUGGAGAUCCCAGUGGUAAAAGCUAUGGCGACGUGGCCUUUCUUGAGCAGCACAACCUUCUUGCCAACAUCCUCAGUUUGAGUUCCACCGGUUGGGCAGAGGGCUGGACGUCGUCAGACUUUGAGCUGCUGUGUGGUGAUGGUCGGCGGGCCCCGCUGUCAGAGUGGGAGAGCUGUAACCUCGGAGUCAUCCCUCCGAACACCGUCAUGACACGGCCGGUGCUCACGGCACGAGUGUACGACUUCCUCAUGAAGUCACAGGAAACCUUGACUGCCAACCCAAAGACAGAGUUCAAGCUCUUUGAGUCUCUGCAAUAUGGAGAAAGUGAUCUGCUGUUCAAAGAUGCAACUCAGUGUUUUGUCCACACAAGCCACAUGGACUACCGCUCCAUCCUGGGAGAGGAGUUUUACAGUCACACAGAAACUGUCUUCAACUGCACACACUCUGAUAUCUUGGAGUUUUGUAAUCAGGACGUGUGCAGCAUAUUCUAAUGGACCUACAAGAGGAAUCGUUACCUUUCCCUCCUCAAUCCUUCAUCCACAAGCUUGAUUCGUCCACAUCUGACGACUGUAAACCAUCACUGGUAUCAUCUUGUUCGCAGCAGAGAUUAAAGUCUAAACAAGAUUUGGGAUUCAGUGCAAACACAAAUGACAGACCUUUCAACAGCUUGUAACUCUUAAAGUCUUAUUAUUAUUGCUUUCAUGUCAAGUCUUGUUUCAUUAGCAACUUCCAGACGCCAUUAUAAUUUAAAAUGUGGUAUUGUGUAUUAUCUGUCUUCCAAAAAUCCCAAACACAUUUGCUUUGUAUUUUAAAUCCUGAAAACAAAAACAUCCUGCCCUUAACACAGCAAAGUGUAAACAUAAACACACAAGACACAGAUGAAGAAGUUGAGAUGACACAAAGCACUGAGGUAAACACAAAAAGAAAAAAGACAACUACACUUGUAGAUAGGUGUAAAAUCAAUGUGUAGAAUAUGUAAAUGAUCCAAGUUUUGCCUUACUUUCACUACAUUUUUACAUGCACCAAUUAUAUCACUGUACUUAUUAAAAAAUCUCAAAAUGAAUGUGAGACUGAGAACCACAAUAUAUAUGGUGGUGCCAUUUCAAAGCCAUGGUUAUUGCUGUAAUUUGUCUUAAAGCAGCUCUGAAGUAAAUGGUCUCAAUCCUGCCUAUACAUUUUUACACAUAUUUUCAAUGGACCUCCACAAUAAUAAUAAUAAUCUUUAAGAUUAAAGAUAUUCAAACUGUUUGUUGAUCACAGGAAGAAAACUUACUACGUCUGAAUACAGCUAGGACUCUUGCAUUAUACCUAUAUUACUAGAUAUACUUACUGUUGAUGUUGGUGUAAAGUUCUUCAGACAUAUUUUUCUGUAUUACCUGCAUGUGGACCAAAGUCUAAAUUACAAGGAUGUUCAAAAUAACAAAGGUUACAGUA